CUUACAUCAGAAUCAAGUUUUGUGGGCGCUCCUGGGUUUGGCCCCUUGGCGCGAUCCCAGACAACAGGUUUUGGACUUGGAGAACUGCAAGACUCCGAGCGACUUGUCCCUUCCAGCCUGCUGGCCUCGCCACUACCUGUUUCUUCCCCGACGUCCGGCGUAUUGUCGGGACAGUGAACCCCUUGAGGACAGUUCUCUGCCUUGUUUGCCGGAGUCCCCACAACCAAGGACAGUGCCUGGAACGAAGUAGGUGCAGUGAAUAGUGAACGCAGGAGAGAAUGGAUGGAUGAGGUCGGGUGCAGUAGCUGAAGGGCUCAGCGUACCCUUGAUGGUGUUGGGAGGUACAAGGUUCAAAUACCAGCCAGCCUGGCAUCCAUCACAGCGGCGGUGCCGCGUCCACUUCCGGCCGGAAGUGGAAGAGCGGGCUUCCCAUGUUACCCCGCGGGGCGCCCAUUCAAACAGCUCGGAGAAGAGGGAGUUGGUCGUGAUGGCCGCCCCGGAGCCGGAAGUGCUUUCCCUAGCCGCAGUCCUUGAUUUGGAGUGGUAUGAGAAGUCGGAGGAAACCCACGUCCCCCAGAUAGAACUACUCGAGACAACCUCUGCCCAAGAGCCUACCAACCCUUCGGAGCCCUUUGGCCCCAGAGACUACAUGGUGCCAGUGGUGUUUCCCGGGCCUGUGAGCCAGGAAGGCUGCUGUCGGUUUACUUGUGAACUUCUAAAGCAUAUCAUGUACCAACGCCAGCAACUACCUCUACCCUAUGAACAGCUUAAGCACUUCUACCGAAAACCUCCCCAGGCAGAGGAUGUGGUGAAGAAGCAGCCCCGGGCCGCCACUGAAUUGAGCAGCAGAAAAUGCCAACAAGCCCUGGCAGAACUGGAGAGUGUCCUCAGCCACCUAGAGGCUCUCUUUGCCCGGACACUAGUACCUCGAGUGCUUAUCCUCCUUGGCGGUAGUGCGCUAUGCCCCAAGGAGUUCUACGAGCUUGACCUGUCCUGCCUGGCCCCCAACAGCAGGGACCAGAGCCUGAGCACAGCAGCUUGUUUGCGCCGUCUUUUCCGAGCCAUUUUCAUGGCUGAUGCUUUCAGUGAGCUGCAGGCUCCUCCGCUCAUGGGCACCGUGGUUAUGGUACAGGGGCACCGUGACUGUGGAGAAGAUUGGUUUCGACCCAAGCUCAACUACCGAGUGCCCAGCCGGGGCCACAAACUGACGGUGACCCUGUCCUGUGGUAGACCCUCUGUCCCAACCACGGCCUGGGAGGAUUACAUUUGGUUCCAGGCACCAGUGACACUUAAAGGCUUCCAUGAGUGAAUCGGGUGCUUCUUAAUCGGGAACACAAUGGCUAAUUUAUCUUUCCCCCUGUGGUAUCAAGUCACCUUUCUGUUGCUUGGAGCUAGAGUUGCUGCCUGGUGAGAGAAGGUUCUAUCCCUCUGGCUGCCUGCCUCCCCUCCUCAGACUUCCUGGUGUGCUAAUGAUAUAGCUGUGGCUGUCAUAAUCAUUGUUGAACAACAUCUCUUUGAAUCAAAGGUAGAUUUUCCCAGAAGAUGCUGGACCAGGCAUUUCUGUUUGAGAUUGUAAAGCAAACGUGGGCCCGUAGACAGACAUUCUCACGGAGGUGGCCCUUUUCUGCUUUCUGUUGUGUCCUUUCAGAAUUUUUGCCAGGUGUGACUCACAAACUUAAAUAUAAAAUGAAUGGAUUUAUACUAAAUUUUCCUGGACAUCUUUUGGCAUAAAGAGACUUUCUAGGCUUAAGGCUGGAGUGUUUUGUCUUUCUCCUUGGCCUCUUAUGCUUCAGGGCUCCCAGGAUUAUUUUUUACUAAUGUGCUGUUUCUCUUCAUCAGAAUGCAGGGGAGUCUGGGAAGUUACAUGACUUGGCCAAGGUUCUAUAACAGUUUGAUAUCAGAGUUGGGGCUAGAGUCCUUGUCAGAUAACUCCUGCCCUGAUGUUCUUUUCUUGCCAUGCACCAGGAUUUGUGAGCCUUACAGUACAUGUGCCCAAAGCAAAGGUCACACAGGGGAAGAGGACUGACUGAGAGACUGGGCUGAGAAAAGGGAACUGAGCAGAUCUUUGCAAAGCCUGAUUGAACUGUAGGUUGAGGCCCCAUGACUGCCCUUUGGGAUCAGCUCCUUGAGGCCAAAUAUCCCUCCUGGAGUUCUGCCCUGUCUCCAUUGUAGUUGUCUGAUGGCUGCUUGGCACUGACUGUUGGUCAUAUAGUCCUUAGGCAAACCCUGUCUUCCUGCCUGUGGCAAUUCGUCCUCCAAAAUUCCAGAAGCCACACUUCUGACUUUGCCGUCCUGGUCCUCGCUGUUAUCUUCUCCAGUUUGAUGCUGUCCUGACUGCCAAGUGUUCAUGAUCUUUGUCCCUGAGACCUGAGAACACCUGUUUAUUUCUUGAAGACAGAAUGUUUACCCUG